CUGCUGGUGAUUGAUGAUGACGGAUGAUGACGUGGCAAUCAAACGUCAUUCAUUGAUGCAUGGGGAUAACUGUAGUUUUGAUUUCUCUGCAUGCGGUGGACGAUAGAAGGAAGAGGAAUUGAGAGGCGUGAUAAAAUGGAUCCAGUCGAGAAAGCCUGCUGGGCGCUUCCUAGAUGCCGGCUACCCAGGUGUCAGCAAAUUCCCGCGGAUACGAUACGGAAGGUUGGAGUGCUUCUCGGAUAUUUACGUACCUUGGAGUGGAGAAAUGGUUUGUCCAUAGAGGAGACGGCUCCUGCAAGACAGAUUUGGAACAUCCUGCUUCCCCGUCGUCGUCUCAUAGCGAGGCUACCUUCCUAUUACCAUUUGGAAUCCUUUUCCGCGAUACGUAGCCAAAGUGCGAUUCAGUCCGAUGAACAAUCCGGUGAGUGUGAUGACUCCGUCCCGGUUCAGCUCUCCCUUUAGCCAGCUAGCUCGCUAGUUUGAGACGGGUUUGAAGGAUGAUAAAAUCGGUGAAGAAAUUCUUGUUUACCAUUUGUAAAUGCUAACGGAAAAUCUACCCUUAUUGCAGUACUCGAGAAGGGUAUUAAUUGCCACCUUGAAUGAAACUAUGGCCAUGGAUGAAUCAGUCAAUCAACAGAGCAGGAUAGAUUAUAAACUGAACCCGCGAAUAGUUUUUUUUUCCUGUGGAGGAGGAAAAGCGAUAUGCUCAAUGUACCUUCCGCCAUGGUACCCUGGACCAGCAUUCAAUCCUCAGCCCGAUGUCCAUCGAGGAGGUCAAUUGAACAAACGAACUAAGGUGGAGCUUAAUGUCAAGCAGGAUGGAGACGGUGAUGACGAGGAAACUGCUUCUCCCGGUCACCUUUGGAUAGAUAAUUCCGGGUGUUGGUUGAAAGGUGUCAUGGCCAACUAUCCUCGCCUGCAAGCUGUGGAUCCAAUCCAGGUCGUCCUGGCCCAGAACAGAGGGUGAUGGAAGCUCGACCUCCGUGUUGGUGUUAGCCUCGGUGAUAGCUUGCGAUGGAUUUUGGACCACGAUUUCCUGAGUUUCGAUACCCGUCGGAUCGUAUCCAGAUUGCAUGAGCUGGACUAAUUCCACCAACACAUUUUGCAUCUGCGUUAAAAGAUUCGGUGAACCACGCGACGAACACAGAAGGGUAGCCACUCGUGUACCCACAUGGGCUAGGCGGGCUAAGCAAAUCCUUUUCUGUGAUUCAUCCGUACUGUUAGAUUUCAAAAGUGUUUUUAAUUGAUUAAAUUUAAUUAGGCAAAGUUCCCGCUCAUUCUCGGGAUCCGUUCUUAGGCUUAAGGAACUUAACUUUAAACCGGAUUCUUUUUCCCUUUUUAAUGCAUCUCGCAAACAUUUUC